AUGCCGGCGAAACGUCUGGGAAUGUACUACGUCCACGCCUACAUACCUGCUCCAGUCUACUUUGGCCAGCUUCUUGAUCUUGCUUGUCAGUAUCGUGUCCUUCCUGUCGCUUCACAGCUUCCCAGAAUGAGAGAGGAUGCAAUUAAUGCCACAUCCAAUACUGGUGGGUCUUCUCUUAAAAUUGGCCCAGCAGAAGGCAGCUGUGUUGAGUACAAUUUAUCUGCUCUACCAAUGGCUUGGCUGGGUGGAGUUAUAGUGCUCAAACUGAUCAGCUGCGUCCUUCUUAUGCUUACUUUCUUGGCGGCCAGGUUUGUUUAA